AUUUGAUCCUUGUAUGAUGGACUUCCCUUCCGUGCUCUUGUGUUUACAUAAAAAACGAUAUUAUCGCGGCGCUCGCAGAAAAUGGCCGUGCCCGCGAGCGACGCACUCUAGGAUGAGUUUCGACGUGCCAUAGAUUGCCGCCGCGUGAACACUUUGUUUAUCGAACGGAACGUUGCAUUAGAAACACGACGACAUCGGCGAGGAUAGCACGUGAAAGCAUUCAGCGAGAUGACGUCCAGUAGACUAGAUCGACUUUUUGUCCUGUUGGAAACCGGCAGUUCGUCGGUGACGCGUUCCGCCGCCGCGAAACAGCUCGGCGAGGUGCAACGCCUGCACCCGCACGAAUUGUCGACGCUGCUGACACGCACGUCCACUUAUUUGCGCUCGCCGAGCUGGGACACGCGAUUGGCAGCUGCGGAGGCAGUGCGUGCCAUCGUGUCGAAUGUGCCGCAGUGGAAUCCGCCGCCGGUGGACGUCAAAGUCGAGGAGGAAUGCGGCGGCAUGCAAUCGUUGUCGAGCGUCGGCCGACUGCGUUUCGACCAGUUUGACAUCAACAAGGUGCUUAGUAAUAGUACGCACCUGAUGGGCAGCGAAGGAAAGGAGUAUGACAUUGAAGAGGACUCAUCGCUUGGUAUCGACGUGAAAGAAAAACUUGCCAAACAGCGGCAGAUGCUGAACGCGCGGUUAGGUCUGGACAUCGCCGCCAAUUGCGGGGUGGAUGUCACAGGCCUCUUCACCAAUGAAGAUCUCAUGGAUGACACAUCUGCAGGGGUUGCAGGAAAUCUUAAAAUGGAGGUCGUUGAUGAUAGGAAACCUUUGAGAGACUUGAUGUCUUCGGAACGAGAGCACGGUCUGAGUUCCAGAGAAAUGAAUCGAGCUAGAAGAAAGGCGCGUCAGGCUAUUAACAAGCAACGAUCACGAGAACCAGGGGAUGAAACAACCGCAGACGAACCUGAUAAGAAAAAAGUAAAAACCGAAGAACCGAACGUUAAAGAAGAACCUUAUAGUAUUGAAGAACCAGGCGAUUGCGGUGACUGGUCGCUAGAGUGGUUCUGUGAUCAACUAAGUCAAGACUUAUUCAGUUCGAACUGGGAGUACCGACACGGAGCAGCGACCGCUCUGCGUGAAGUAAUCUCUGUUCACGGUAAAGGCGCAGGCAAAUCAAUCUACCACACCCGCACACAGAUGCAAGAACAACAUCAGAUCUGGCUGGAGGAUGUUGCCAUACGACUACUCUGCGUUCUCGCGCUGGAUCGUUUCGGUGACUUUGUCUCCGACGCUGUGGUCGCACCCGUAAGAGAAACCUGCGCGCAGACAUUGUGCGCAGUAUUAAAAUUAAUGAAUGCGCAUGGAUGCCGAUGCACACUGGACGUCCUCUUGAAGUUGUUGAACCAGAACGAGUGGGAGGGUCGACACGGUGGCCUGCUGGGCAUCAAGUAUUUAUUAGCUGUGCGGCAGGAUAUGAUUGAGACACUGCUGCAGGAUUCACUCUCGGCGAUUGUUAAGGGUUUGUCUGAUUCAGCGGAUGAUGUUGGGGCGGUUGCUGCAUCAGCGCUGAUUCCAGUCGCGCAGAAACUUUUGGAUUUGUUUCCGAAAUCCAUUCCGGAAAUAGUCACGAAAUUGUGGGAUCUUUUGUGUGAGCAGGAUGAACUCGCGGGCGCUUGUAAUAGUUUUAUGGGUUUGUUAGCGGCUAUUUUGAGUUUGCCUAAGGUACAUGAUCAUCUACCACCGCAGCCUUUGAGUGAUGUGGUACCGCGAUUGUGGCCGUUUCUCAGCCAUAGUGCCUCCAGCGUGCGGAAAGCAACUCUGCAGACAUUGGGGACAUUAACAGAAGGUAAUUCAAUGCAGUGGGAAGCACAAUUGUUACAAGAGGCACUCCGGCAUGUUUUCCAACGUGUUCUCGUUGAACAUCUGACUGAAGUUCGGCAGGUAGCCGAAGGAGUUUGGUACCUGCUAUUGAAAAACGCUGGUUUGAUCGAACUGCUGCAUGCUGCCUGUCCGUUAACUCGAAUUUGGAUGUGUCUAUCCAUGCAGCCUGUUCGUUUACCUUUCGAUCCAAAUGUACUCAUUCAGGUAAAACCCCGUGAACGGCGUCGUAAUGAUGGCCUCAAUUUUGAUACGCCGCUGAUUGUGCCGAAGUAUUACAUCGGCGGGUCCGAGACUACACCUGUCGCGACGCGUGAAUCCAACGCCGUGCAGGUGCGCUGUAUGACAGCGCGAAUGCUCGGCGAGCUCUCCUGCUUUCUGGUGCAGUCUGCACCUGGCAUAGACUACAGCAAAGUGGAAAAACCGAUUCACUGCUAUAUGAAUGUGCUUUUAUGUCAUCUAAGGUCUAAAUCGGCGCUGCAGCGCACAAUGGUCGGUUUGAUCAUCGCUGAGUGGGCCAUGCGUGAUGCUAACUUCGAAAUGUGUCCUGCGCCUUUAUCACAGAAACUACACGCGUGUCUUAACGACAUGCUGUACUACGACGAGAUUGCGCAUAGUUUCACGCGGUUGGCUCAAGAAACACGCGAUUUCGUCGCCACGUUAAAACACUACAAAGUACCAAUCCAACAGGAUUACAGCAUACUAACUCUUGACAGUAUAAAAUCCAUCACAGGUCCUGAAACUGAGGUGCUACUCGCCGGAUUUAAACUAAAGAUCAAAGUGUUGGAGAGUUUGGAAGAGCGUCGAAAGAGUAUUCAAACCUGCGUGGUUCAAACAAGCAAUGAACAGAAUCAACUGACAAUCUCGACGUUGGCGGCCAUUGCGGGCGCGACUGUCUGCUGUAAAUCACUGCCAGAGAAACUCACGCCGGUGGUGAAGCCGCUGAUGGAGUCCAUUCGGCGCGAGACCAACGAAGAACUCCAGAAAGUCACUGCGAAGCAACUCGCGAAGCUUGUCGAACAAUGCGUCGGGCGUAAUCCGUGCCCAAACGAUAAGAUUCUCUCAAAUCUAUGCAUGUUUCUGAAAUGCGAUUCAGAAUUUACGCCUGUGAUUAAGAAGACUGACGAGUUAAACGCGACUGGUGAACAUUCAUGGUUCAAACCAGCGGAUAACUAUCAGGGAAUUGUAACAUUAGACAAUCAACAACGCCAUGCUGAAAAAGCAGCAUUUAAACGAUCCAACUCGACCGGCCGGGGGCCCGGACGGCCUCCAAAUUCCGACAUCCCUUUGGAGGAUCUAUUCAAAGAUGAAGACGAUGUUCAUCUAGCGAAUCGAAUUCAACGUAGAGGCGCCACACUCGCGCUGAUUGAAAUCACGAAACAUUUUAAGAGCGAAAUCGACGUCAAAGUGCCAAAACUCUGGCAUCUCAUGGUGAAGCAAAUCGAACAAUGCGUGGAUCCAACUAAUUUCGACCCGAAGUUGUUAUUUGAUAAGCCUGAUGAGGCAGAACACCUAGUAUGCAUCCUACAGGUCUUGGAAGUUACCUAUCCGAGCAUAGAUGCAUCUCUCAGACCGAAAAUCAUGGAUAUUUGUCUGGAACGCCUGUGUUUACUCUUGACACAUCCGUAUCGUGCUGUACGCCACUUGGCAUCACGUUGCCUCGCUGUAUUCUCCAAAAUCGACUCUGUUACGGUGAUGGAGCAUGUAAUCGACAAGGUUCUGCCUCCUCUAGGCGCGACUGAUAACGAUAUCGAUCGACAAGGCGCAGUGGAAGCAAUCGCAUGCAUGGUGGACACGUUACAGUUUGAUAUCAUCCCGUAUGUUGUUUUAUUGGUGGUGCCAUUACUAGGGAGGAUGUCUGAUCAGAAUCAGAGCGUGCGUCUUAUGGGCACUCAUAGUUUUGCAACACUUGUACAACUCAUGCCACUUGAUGGUGGCGUGCCGGAACCGCCUAACCUGAAAACCAGUACACUCAACGUUCAUCGAGAACGUGAACGUGAAUUUCUUCAGCAGUUGCUGGCGCCGUCGAGUAUUCCAGAUUACAAAGUCCUGGUGCCUAUUGAUGCAGAGUUGCGGUCUUACCAGCAAGCAGGUGUUAACUGGCUUGCGUUUCUUAAUAAGUACAAACUGCAUGGUAUUCUUUGUGAUGACAUGGGUUUAGGUAAAACACUGCAGAGCAUCUGUAUACUCGCCAGUGAUCAUCAUCAACGCAUGGUUAAAUACGAAGAGAGUCAAUCGGCUGACUCCGCACCGCUGCCUUCAUUAGUAGUGUGUCCACCUACACUUACAGGUCAUUGGGUGUAUGAGGUAGAGAAGUUCCUCCCUGAGAAGAAUCUUAAACCCGUGCAAUAUCACGGUUCACCGCAGGAAAGAGAAAAAAUCAGGCAGAAAUUGCGCAAGUUUAAUUUGGUUGUCGCGUCGUAUGAUAUCAUCCGCAAGGACUUGACCUUCUUCACCAGUUUAAAAUGGAAUUAUAUCAUUCUAGAUGAGGGACAUGUUAUUAAAAAUGGUAAAACACGGACGAGUGUUGCGGUGAAGAAGCUCAUUGCGAACCAUCGUCUUAUUUUGAGCGGCACACCGAUACAAAAUAACGUGUUAGAGAUUUGGAGUUUGUUCGAUUUUUUAAUGCCAGGGUUUUUGGGCACGGAGAAACAGUUUACGGCGAGGUAUUCAAAGCCGAUUCUGGCAAGUCGUGAUCCGAAAUGCUCGCAGAAGGAGCAGGAAGCUGGUGCGUUAGCCAUGGAAGCCUUACACCGACAGGUACUGCCAUUUUUACUCAGGCGUAUGAAAGAGGACGUCUUGGAUGAUUUACCGCCGAAGAUCACGCAGGACUACUACUGCGAUUUGAGUCCCGUGCAGGCUCAACUUUAUGAAGACUUUUCGAAGAGUCAUGCACAUCAAACGCUUCAGCAAUCAUUGUCGAAUGGCGCGACAGCCAGUUCGAUGCAGGGCAACACACACAUCUUCCAAGCCUUGCGGUACUUGCAGAAUGUCUGUAAUCAUCCGAAACUAGUCCUCAACAACUCGCAUCCUCAGUUCAAGAAGAUCACAACGCAAUUGGAAGAACAACAAUCAACGCUGGAGAGCAUUUAUCACUCGGCUAAACUCCCAGCGCUGAAACAAUUGCUCCUGGACUGCGGUAUUGGCGGAAGCGAGACUCAAUCAACCGAGAUUGUGAUCAAUCAACACCGUGCACUGGUGUUCUGCCAACUCAAAGCAAUGCUGGAUAUAAUUGAAUUCGAUUUGUUCAAGAAGAUAAUGCCGGAAGUGACAUACCUUCGCCUGGAUGGGUCUAUUCCACCCGGCCAACGACAUUCGGUUGUGACGCGGUUCAAUAAUGAUCCGUCGAUUGAUGUUUUGCUACUGACGACGCAAGUCGGCGGCCUUGGUCUCAAUCUGACCGGGGCUGAUACUGUGAUUUUUGUUGAACACGACUGGAACCCAAUGAAGGAUCUGCAGGCAAUGGACAGGGCGCAUCGUAUCGGUCAAAGGAAGGUCGUCAAUGUCUACAGGUUGAUAACGCGUGGCACUUUAGAGGAGAAAAUCAUGGGUUUACAAAAGUUCAAAGUCCAGACAGCCAACACUGUGAUCAGCGGAGAGAACAGCCGCAUGGAGACAAUGGGCACCGACCAACUGCUCGAUCUCUUCUCGCACAAACCAGGCGGAUCGGGCGCGUCUGCCACCGCCGGCAACGUCCACCCCCGCGGCGGCGUGCGUGCCAUUCUCGAGGAGCUGCCCGAGCUGUGGGAUGACAAGCAAUACGAGGACGAGUACGACCUCACGCAGUUUAUCUCCAAGCUGCAAGGCUGAUUCGAGUAAUAUGUUUUCGUUUAUUUAUUUUUUCGUGUCAUUCGCGCCGCGCGUAACUUCGUAACCCACUGACCUACUCGAAAGGGAGAGUCAGGGGAUGGCCGCGUGGCUUGCCGCCACCACCCUUGACCCAAAUCGCGCGUCGCGCACGUUUUCCCGGCGACCCAGUUCGCGUGGCCUUGUCCCGCAUUGUUUGCUUCCGAGUUUUCAAGGCCGUGCCUUCAACUCGCAAUCGUUUAACUGCCGAAAACAGAAAAAAAAUGCACCGCCCUAGCCAGUGCGAUAGGCAAUCAGAGCUGCACUAUCAGCGGAUCUGAGCGAGAAAUGUUUCUAUAAACACGCACAAAUUGAUCAAGUCAUUAUUAUCAUUGUUCGUUUAUUUAUUUAUCAUUCUUAGUAUUCAUUUUCUGUUUGUUCUUGAUUCUCAUCAGCAUCUCAGUAAUUGUGUUAAUAAUUUAAGAUGAUGCCAAGAAAUGAAAACCAAAGUGACACAAUAUUGUAACCGAAAGCAAUAAUAACUUUCAAGAAUCAUCUAUUACAAUAGAUAUUACAUGAUUGCACAAAGCCUCUGCGGAGGCUUUUAGUUAAGCUCAAAACGUGUGUAUGAAUCAUACAUUUAUGACAUGCGAACUUGUUCAAUACAAUAAUAAUAUUAUCAACCA